AUGCUAUUCAAUCUCAAGCCCAUUCGUCAGCGGGACCCAUCGGAGGAUUGCCCUGCGGGAAAGCAGUGGUACUCCUGCGGAGCGAAUGGCUUCGACGGCUGCCGCGUCCAGGAUGCAUACAGUCAUGACUGCCUGGAAAAAAGAGACGCCGCAGGCACUAUAACCAUCACUGUCUCAACUACCAUGAAGACCAGAACCGCAGAUGCCACUGAGAUGGAUUCGACAAUCUCACAUGUAACAAGUGCAGUCGUAGGAACCCCAGCUACAGCUGAACCCAUUGCUACGAGUGCCGUUGGGCCUCCAGCUACAGGAUCUGCACCUACGGAUACUGCAGUCUCGAUCACGGAGGCGUCACCCACAGAGGCAUCGCCCACAGGCCCAACGGCUGUGACGCUCACUGCCCCUCCUGCCCAACCGACCGUUGCCAAUGGAGUUAACAACCCUAAUGAAGACCCUGUCCUCAGCACGCCUGCGAUCGUGGGCAUCACUGUUGGUGGAGGACUGUUUCUCAUUGGACUAGCCUUCGUCAUAUUCCUCUUGAUUCGCCGCCGGAAACUUGCCAAGCGCAUGCCUUCGUUCAUCGACCCACGGGGAGACAGUUAUGAUGAGAAGCUUGUGGCGCAGAACAGGCCAGUCUUAGCCGGCCAAGGUAACAGUGCAGCAGGCGUCUUCGCGCCUUUUGGAGGUCGAUCAAACUCCUUUGAGUCCCACCGCCCAGGAUAUACUCCGAGCCAUGAAGCGAAUAGCACUCAUGGCGGCAGAGAUCCUCCGUCCGGAAGAGUCAGCGCCCUGAGUUAUCGCGGCCAGACAUAUCACCCUACUCCCGUGUCACCCCAAAGUACUGGCCCAGGGGGGAUCAAGCGCCCCCACAUCUCGGAUGCCAUUGAAGAGGAGAAGUCCGGUGUUCCAGUCCAACUAGACUCCACGCCCGUUUACUUCGAACUUGACUCGAGGGAUACCCAGAAACCCAUGGCCGAGCUUCCCAGUCCCGAUCCUGAAGAGAUAAAUCAAGGGUCGUCGUCUGGAAGUGCUGCUCCCAUAAUUCAUCCCAGUCCGUUGACGCCUGGAUUCUCGGCUGGCAAUCUCAGCAUGAGUCGAGAGGGCACUAUGAUGGCCGGGAAGGAUGGUGCGUUUGCCAGGGCCUCACAGCGAGGAUCGCGCAAAAGCGGAUCGCCGGCCAGGUCAUGGGGUCGUAUUGGAGACUGA